CUUGCGGUUAAACUUUAGCACGGAAGUGUGUGUACCUGCUUAGGUACGUGAAUUUCGGAAGUGUCACUAGGGGUCUUCAGGAAAAAUCACUUUGGAAAAGAAAAACGUCAACAAACUUUGCCAAGUUAAUUAAACAGUACUGUCACGGUGUUGGAUUUGGUUAAGCACCAUUAAUGCACUUAUUUUCGAUUCAAGUACUUGAAAGUUGAACUACCUGAAGAGGUUUCUAAAUUCUGUGAAAUUUUACUUCGGUUUGCUAAUUUGUGUGUCAUUACAAGUUAUAGCCAACGCUAGUCUACAACUUGUAUAUUAGUAGUUCAACGAAAUAUAGGAGUAAUCAUGGAAGAGUUGGAUGCUUUGUUGGCGGAUCUACAGACCGCUUCUGAGAACUUGAAUAACAACAAUCCAACUUAUCAGACGGUCACUACAAAAAGUGGUAGCAGUUUAUACGCGUCAGUGAACAUGCCCCUCAGUCCACCUUCUCAAACCAGUACUCACACCGUAACCACCCAGAGAUACGACUUUCGCCCAGGUUCUCAGACUGUCACCCAUACUGUAACUACAAAGAGAAACGACUUUGAACCAGGUUCUCAGAUUACCACCCAGAGAUACGACCAUGAUCCAGUUUCUCAGGCUAAUAUGCACAAUAUUACCACGCAAAGAUACGAUCCUGACCCAGGUUCUCAGGCUACUACCCGAACUGUCAUCACCCAGAGACACGACUAUCAAUACGACGGGGGAAAGUUGUCGCCUAUUUAUCAGAACCAGCAGGUGCAUCCAUCCCAGCUAAGUUCAAAUACUGACCAUCUGUCGGAGCUAGACUCUCUCUUGGAAGACCUCAAUUCAGCUCGUCUCAGCUCUUCUUCUCCAGAAUAUAAAGUAUCCCAUGUGAAUGGGGUGUCCAGUCCUUCACCAACGCUCAAGGAUGCUACUAGCCCGAGGUAUGGGUCAAUUCGACCAAUAACAAAGCCUCCGCAAGAAGACAGACCGUCAAUGGAAAGCCUAUUAGAUGAUUUGCAAAGUGUGGUGUCCCCAACGUCAAAAUACCCUACAAGCUCCGGAGCAAUACCGCCAGUCAAGCGGGAGUAUAUUACCACAAUAACCUAUACUAAACAAGAACCCUCUCGCUCUCCCCCACCUGCUUCCACACCAGUAGCUUCUUCUGCCACUGAAGAACUGGACGAGUUGAUGGCUUCUCUCUCAGAUUUCAAGGUAAACGAUAACAAUCCUUCGGGUCUAACAAGUAAUGAGCCAGCCUACGCCAAACCCGACAAGACAAGUAAACAAUUUCAACCUCAUCCUCAACCUAAGAUGCAAUCGGUCCUUUCUCACAAUGAUUAUUUGGAUCCUAAGCAGCAACCUCAGCCCAAACCUCAGCCGGCCCCUUCCUGUAACGAUCAGCUGGACUCUAUGUUAGGUAGUCUACAGACGGACAUGAGUAAACAGGGUGUGAAAACGACUGCUAAGGGUCAAUGUUGUGCUUGCAAGAAACAGAUCAUUGGUCAGGUGAUCACAGCUCUUGGACAGACGUGGCACCCAGAGCACUUCACGUGUGUUCACUGUAACAAAGAAUUGGGCACCAAAAACUUCUUCGAACGAGAAGGUGAACCCUACUGUGAGGAAGACUACCAUAAGAUAUUUGCACCUCGUUGUGCAUAUUGUAACGGCCCUAUUCUUAAUAAAUGUGUAACAGCGCUGGACAGAACUUGGCAUCAGGAGCACUUCUUCUGCGCACAGUGUGGCCGACAGUUUGGGGAGGAUGGCUUCCUUGAGAAGGAUGGAAAACCAUAUUGUAGGGAUGACUAUUAUGAUAUGUUUGCACCGAAAUGUAGCGGCUGCAAUAGGCCAAUAAAAGAAAAUUACAUCUCUGCUCUCAAUGGCCAGUGGCAUCCGGAAUGCUUUGUUUGUAGAGACUGUGGUCAGUCAUUCAACGGCGGAAGUUUUUUCGACCAUGAGGGACUGCCAUAUUGUGAGACUCAUUACCACGCCAAGCGAGGUUCACUUUGUGCUGGGUGCCACAAACCAAUUACAGGUCGCUGUAUUACAGCUAUGUUUCGCAAGUUCCACCCGGAACAUUUCGUGUGUUCGUUCUGUCUGAAGCAACUGAACAAGGGAACAUUCAAGGAACAGAAUGAUAAGCCUUAUUGCCACGUCUGUUUCCAAAAAUUAUUUGGGUAGAAAUAUCAUUUUUUACAGAUUUAAGAGGCUACAGAACGUUAAGUAUUGUCCGGAAGCAAUAUACAUAGAAAUAAAUAUACUAGUUAUAUCGCAGUUUGGGGAAGUCUAAAGAAAUUAAUUUUUCAUGUGGGUUAUCUCAGUAAAAAAUUGAAGCUUCAAAUAGUACUAAAUUAACGUUUUCAGAGUUUUUUAUUUAAAUCUAUCGAUCUAUUGAUUUUGUUUUGUUCAGUCAAAUUAUGAGCUAAACAUUACAAAUGAAGAUUUAUAUUAAGACAAGGUUUAUAUUCAAUUAAACUAUAGGGUGUUUUUCAUUUAUCUUUGUUCAUAGUAAAAUAUAUUAACUAUUAUGCAAGUGUAAACAAACAGUUCUAUGCAAAAAGCCUUUCUACAUCCCACUACCGUCAGAUGUCGCAUCCGUAAAUGCGACACUUUGCAGUAAUGUUUAAAUUAAGAAAGGAUAUAUAUUAUUAAUGUCAAUUACUUAAGUAUUUGUUCUAUCUGUAUGUGUAACUUUAAUUGCGAAACUGAAGAAAGGACCGAGUUUUAUUUUAGUUUCUAAAAUUGAAUUAAAAUGUCAUGGAAGUUUGUUGAUUAUGGUUAUUAAGAGCCAAAGUUGAUUACAACUACAAAUAGAUUUAUACAAUACGUUUGUUUACUUAGGCCUUUUGAAUCAUAAUGUCAUCAACACUUCGGCAAAUUACAAUAUAGAAUAACAUAAUGAGGUACGCGAACGUGGUAAACUAACUGAAUUUUCGUUGGAAAUAAAUCCUUUGAAAAAAUAACUAUACAACGUCACGAAAUUGUAUCUCAUGUAUGUCAGGCAAUAUCAUAUUUCAGUUAGAUUAAAACAUAAGAAUAUGUUCAACAACCAAGAGGAGAUAGCCAUAUCAGACAUUUUUAUGUUGUGUAUUGUGGUUGCUUUUUUGUUUUGUUGUUUGUUGAAGCUUCAAAUGGUAACGUUCAUACGUAUAUUUUAUUAUGGUUUUUCGCUCGCGGUCUGGAUUGUACCGCAUUAUGAAUUGCAUUGACAAUCAUGUACUGAAGUGUUUUGCGUAAGGAAUUAUUUGAUUUUGUCACUGUAUUCUAUUAACAAUAUUUGUUCUCUGAGAAGCGCCGUUUAUUUGUCGUUUUGUAACGCUUUUACAUCUAUUUUAAAAUCAGCCUGCCUGAAAUAUAAACAUUUUUAAAUAGUUGAGAACACAAUUAUAUAUCAACUAAAGCAGUUAGUGGUGAAUACGACAACGUGAGAAAGGUUUACUGUUUAUGGAGCUAUCUUUUUUGUUUUUGUUGUUGUCGUUGAGCAUCAUUUUUACGUGUUUGAAAUUGCAAAUUUGAUAUAUCACCUAAAUAUUACAUUUUCGUAACGCAUAGCAACGGCCGAUAACUGCGAUACUUGAAAUGGAUAAACAAAAUGUGUUAUAUCAUUCUGAAGUUGCUUAUUUAAAAAAAUCGUUAUCGAGAUGAUAUUUGAAAUCGAUGGUCGAAGUGGAAGUUGAAUCAGUUACUUAGUUGAUUGAUGAAAAGAAGAAAACGCUAAUUAGAAUAUUUCAUCUCUCAGUUACCUCGUAAGUAGGAUAAACAUAUUGUGUUUAUUGUGGAAUUAGGACCACAAUAAAUAGUUUUACAAACAAAUAUGCCACAAUUUAGUGUUGUAUAACUUUAGAAAAACACACCUCUCAAAUAUAAUACAGUCAUUCAAAGUCAAGCAGAAAUCUGUUAGUUACGACUGAGAGACCAUUUCCAGGAACACAACUUACUAUAGAGUUUAUUAUGUGGAAGGUAUAAUUAACAGUGACUGAUAACAUCAAUGAUCGUACUUUAUAAAGAUGAUUAUGAGUUUAAAAUUUUAUGAAUAAAACAGCUUUUCGGCGUGUCAGCGCUAACUUUUUUUGAUUUACAACUCUAAAAUCCGAGGUUCGAUUCCUUGCGUUGGACAUAACGCAUUGAGAAGCUUUGUACUAAAAAAAAAUCAAACAAACUGAAUAAGACAAAAUCGACAUCUUUUGGUCGUCCGCAUGAACGGACACUGUCCUCUAGCACGGUACAUAAUUUGUAUUUGGAAUAUGAAAAGGUGCUAAUUAUAUAUAUAAUAGCUCCGAUAGACGUUGCUUUUAUUAUGUUGAAUAUGUUUGUAGAAAUUAGUGUUAUAUACAAUUUUAAUUGAUCUGUGCGGUGUAAGAUGAUUAUGUGUUAAUUUCUUAAGUGGCCAAGAAGAUAGGCCUUUUCGUCUGAAGUCUACACUCUUAACUCCUGCGCAGACCGCCUAACGACUGAGCAGUUAUGCAUUCUUAUUCAGUGUAUUAUGUAUCGGUGUAAAUGAAAUAAUAAAAAACCUGGGAAACGUAUUUUUUACAUACUAAAUAAAAUGCACUGGUGUAUACUAUAAGUAUGUUGGAUGAAACUUUUGAACGUUUCUAAAAUUAACAAGAAAUCUACGUCCUGUUGUCUUUAAACGGUUUAUUUUGUAGUUUUAUGUAGUUUAAACAGCAUAACUAUAUGUAGUAGUAAUGUUAGGAUUAUUGUAUUAGCUUCUGAAUGCAAGUGUUGAAUGUGUUCUUUGUCGCUUCGAGACUGUAGAGGUUUGAGUGAGUGUUAAUUUGACAAUGACCAGUCUUAUAAUAUUGUUUGUUUCAUGCGAAUAUUGGAAAUAAAUCAAAAACAUGUUUUAACUUGA